AUGCCGCCCCUCGCAGGCUUCUCCAACAAUGCCUUUGAGACUCAUCAAGACUCUCAAACUGCAGCCUUGGCAUUGCUUUGCGCUCUAAAGCCUUAUCAAUCCCCUGGCGGAGCACGCAUAAAGCUAGCUUUGGCUACCGGAACCCAUUUCGACGAUGUCGCUGCACAGCUAGAGGGUUUCGCCGUGCACUGUGGUCGGUGGGAACGUUGUUGCAUUCCAAGGUUGUCACGCAGGAUCAUGAGCUCAUUCAGCCGUAUGUUGAUGGACUUGCAAACGGCACUGACCCAGGACACUCUGAAUACUGGGGGCCCGUGGUGCUUCGUGACCAGCGGAUGGUGGAAAUGGAGAUCAUCUCUUUUGCUUUGCUGGCAGCGCCAGACGCCAUGUUCCAUUCACAGACUGCUAAAGCAAGACACAACAUCAGAAUGUGGUUGGAAACCAUUAAUGGCAAGGACUUUCCAAUAA